AUGUUACCAUCCCAAAGGAAGAUAUAUGCAUCACAGGCAACCGAAAUAGGUUUAGCUGAAAAAUUUGGAAUCCAUCUUAAUGCUACAUUUGAGCUCAUGGGUAAUGAAGCUGGUGGAAGGGAGUCACUUGGGUUCACAAAACUGGACCAAAAAAUUUAUUUGAGAAUGAAAAGGGAAAAGAGUUUAGCAUAUGGGGAGGCAAGUAGCAUUUUACAAUAUUUUUGUAAGAAAACAUUUGAGAAUCCAUCUUUAUUGUACUCAGUCCAAUUAGAUAGCGAGGAACAGAUUACAAACAUAUUUUGGACCGAUGCUCAGAUGAUCAUGGAUUGUGGGCAAUUUGGUGAUGCUGUGACUUUCGACACUACUUACAAGUUAAAUAGUGCACCUAGACUAUUUACAUCUUACGUUGGAUUUAACCAUCAUAGGGAAACUAUUAUAUUUGGCGCAGCUUUGAUAUAUGAUGAAACUGCCGAUUCUUUUAUAUGGUUUUUUAGAAAAUUCUUGGAGACAAUGUCAAGUAAGGCUCCGAAAACAAUUUUUAUGGAUCAAGAUGCUACAAUGGCUAAGGCUAUCCCUAUUGUCAUGCCUAACACAAAACAGCGCCUUUGUACUUGGCAUUUGAUGCAAAAUGCAUUACGGCAUGCAAAUUCUAUCUUCAAGGAUAAGGAGGUGAAGGAUAAGGGGAUGAAAAGUAUUUUAUCCAAAUUUAUGUAUGACAUUGAGGAUGAGGAUGAGGAUGAGUUUACAUUAAAAUGGGAGGAAAUGCUUGACAAGUAUGAAGUGCGAGAUAAUCAUUGGUUGAAGUUAACAUUUGGGGUCAGGGAAAAAUGGGGUUGGCUAUAUGUUAGAAAUGCAUGGGAUGCGAGCAUGAGUAGCACCCAACUUGGUGAAUCCUUUAAUGCAUUAUUGAAGGAUUUCAUUCAGUCAAAUCAUAACGUAAUGCAAUUUUUCAUGCAUUUUGAUCAAGUUCUUUGUGAGAAGAGGUACAAAGAGUUACAAGUCGAAUAUGCUUUAUGCCAAAAGUUGUUAAGAGUGAAUAUUAAAGUGAAGAUUAUGGAGUAA